CUUACCAAGUCAUCUGCUUCCUCCACUUUGUCAGUUAUCAGCUCGUGCUGGGUGAAUCUGCUUCAUCAACAAAAAGACAGCCUUUGCCUCCCCAGUCCUUUUGCAAUGACAGUUAUAAGGACACGGAAUAUGAUAAGCACUAACACUGAUUUUUCUACCUUCAUAGCUCAGAACUUCUUAUCUCAAGAAUCAGGAAUAAAGCUCCCAGAUCACGGGCAGCGUUUAAUUAUUAGUCUACUGAAGAUAAUAGAAUACGAGGAUUUUCGGAAGUAAUAAUGACUAUUUUUUUUUUAUUGUAAGCCACUCCAUCAAAAUUCCGAGCUAAAAUCAGAGCCAUCCCUGAAAAUCAAGGACAGCUGAGAAAACAUGGCAUCAUGUCUUAAAACAUUAUGGAGAUUUAAGAAAUUUCUAAUCGUUUACCUGACCCCCGUUCUGCUCCUACCCUUGCUUGUGGUCGUGCAAACUAAGGAGGCAAAAUGUGGCUAUGUCAUCAUCCUGAUGGCAGUUUACUGGUGCACAGAGGUCAUUCCCUUGGCAGCUACAUCCCUGAUGCCUGCAUUAUUACUGCCUCUUUUUGGAAUAUUGGACUCCAAAAGGGUCUGCAUGCAGUACCUGAAGGACACAAAUAUGCUGUUCGUUGGAGGCCUCAUAGUCGCUGUCGCUGUGGAGCAGUGGAACCUGCAUAAACGAAUCGCUUUGAGAGUCCUACUCUUUGUUGGAGCCAAUCCCGCACUUUUAAUGCUGGGAUUCAUGGGUGUGACUGCUUUCCUCUCCAUGUGGAUCAGUAACACAGCAACAACCGCCAUGAUGGUACCCAUCGUCCAGGCUGUCAUAAGCCAGCUAAGCAGUACAGAUAAUGAGACAGAUGACACAGAGAACUGUAAUGGCAUUCAUAUCCCUGGGAUUGAACUGCAAGACACAAAAGAAACAAAAUCAUCACUAGAACCAGCAACAGGAAAUGGACACAUUGCUAAUCCGAUCCAAACCCACGAUGACGAAAGUGAAAAGAAGCGCAUGUUUAAGGGAAUGACGUUGUGUGUGUGUUAUGCUGCCAGCAUUGGUGGUACUGCAACAUUGACUGGAACUGGGCCGAACCUCGUGCUCAAAGGACAAAUGAAUCAGCUAUUUCCUAAGAAUGGUGAUGUUAUCAAUUUUGCUUCAUGGUUUGGGUUUGCAUUCCCUAACAUGCUGCUGAUGUUGAUUCUGGCAUGGUUUUGGCUGCAAAUUGCCUUUAUGGGAAUUAACUUUAAGAAAUCUUGGGGAUGUGGAGUUCAGAAGACCCAGAAAGAAAUUACUGCCUAUAAUGUUAUCUGUCAAGAAUACCAUAAACUUGGGACCAUGACCUUUGCGGAGAUUAAUGUUCUCAUUCUUUUCGUAUUACUGGUUGUCCUCUGGUUUACUAGAGACCCUGGAUUUGUCCCAGGCUGGGCCACCUACCUCUUCAACGAAGACAUUGAGUACGUCACAGAUGCUACUGUCGCAAUUUUUAUCGCACUACUGUUAUUUGUGGUUCCUGCUGAGAAACCAAAGUUUAGAUGCUGGAGUCAGAACCUUUUUGAGAGAGGAGGAGUCAUAUCAGGAACGAAAGAACCAUUUUGUCCUUCAGCACUCCUAGACUGGAAGGUUGUUCAUCACAAGUUGCCCUGGAAUAUUGUGUUGCUGCUGGGUGGAGGAUUUGCUCUGGCCAAAGGCAGUGAGGUAUCUGGUCUCUCCAAAUGGAUAGGUGAUCAGAUGACUCCAUUACAAUCAAUACCUCCCUGGGCCAUAGCAAUUAUUCUAUGUCUGCUGAUAGCAGUUUUCACUGAGUGCACCAGCAAUGUCGCUACAGCAACCCUCUUCCUUCCUGUUCUGGCGUCUAUGUCUCAAUCCAUCGGGAUGAACCCUCUGUACAUCAUGAUACCUUGUACGUUAAGUGCAUCAUUUGCAUUCAUGCUUCCUGUAGCAACUCCACCAAAUGCUAUUGUGUUUUCCUAUGGCCAUCUGCGGGUCUCAGACAUGGCUAAAACCGGACUAAUGAUGAACAUUAUUGGUGUGCUGUGUGUUACACUAGCUAUCAACAGCUGGGGACGUGCACUGUUUAGCCUGGAUUCCUUCCCAAACUGGGCUAAUGUUACAAGCGGAAAUUGAAUUCUGACAGAAUGACAAUGAAUAUCCCAACUCCUCUCUCCUUUUCCUUGUUCAUCCUUUGUGUGGAAUAAGAGAGGGAUGCAAGGAAAUUCUACAUUAUUUAUGAGGGCUUCAGAGGUCAGGUCAGGCUAGAGGCAGUAGUAUGAAGGACAUUCUGUAUCUUAGUGAUCUUGGCACUGCCUCUGUGUGAACAUUUUUGUAACUGUCUGUAUGCCAACAACAAGAAAAUGCCCAUCAAAAAACGGAUAAGAUUCUUUGUAUGCUUGUUUGAAUGUUUCAAGUCAAACUUUAAUCUAAAAUUACUGCAGUAAUUUAUUUUGGUCAGAAUUAUUUUGUUUAUAUUUGACAGUCAAUUUCCUGUAAUUUCGGUCUGGGUGAUGGAUUUUAGCCAUUUGCAAGUGGUUUUAUGCUCCUAUGUACAAAGUAAUUUUGUUAACUGAACAGCACUUUGGUACUACUCUGCUGCUAGAGGUCAAAUGUCGGAGGUGGUUCUUUUUGCUGAGGAGAUUCAGUUGCCAUGAUCUGUUCAACCUUAUUUUUCUCAGGCUCAAA